UCAGGAAACCUCACAGUCAGCUGUGCCGUUAUAUGUCCGGCGCUUGGCAAUUCAACGAAAAUAAAAAAUAAAAAAGGUAUUUUGGGGUUUACAUUAUGGACAAGAAUGCUACGCGAUACAAUGUACAACUAUAUAUUUAUGAUCUAUCGAGAGGGAUGGCUCGCAGCCUCAGCCCCAUCAUGUUAGGAAAGCAACUGGAUGGUAUAUGGCACACAGCCAUAGUGGUGUACGGUGAUGAGUUCUUCUAUGGAGGGGAGGGGAUCUCUAGCUGUUCGCCGGGUGGGACGAUGCUGGGGCCUCCAGACACAGUGGUAGAGCUGGGCGAGACAGAAGUGUCUGAGGAGAUCUUCAUGGAUUACCUCUCUUCCCUGGGAGAAGGCACAUACAGAGGUGACAGGUAUCGUCUGUUUGAGCACAACUGCAACACCUUCACCAACGAGGUGGCUCAGUUCCUGACGGGCGGGUCCAUCCCGUCCUACAUCACCGACCUUCCAUCGGAAGUCCUCUCCACACCAUUUGGCCAGAUACUGCGGCCCAUUCUGGACUCCAUCCACAUCGCCCCUCCAGGAGGUAACGUCAUCAACGGAGGAAGAAACAUGUAAUCUGAGAGAGCAGCAGAGUUACCGAGUGCUCACCAGGUCACUUUUAUUGUAGUCAGACAGUCAAACUAAACGUCUUUCUUUCUUCUUUCUGUAAAUAAGCUACACACUAGCAUUUAAGCUAAGGGCCAUUUUGUAAGCUAUAACUGAUAACUGACCAGUAAAUCCUUAAAAAUCAUCAUCUACAUUUAAUUUCCUCCUGGAAACCGAGUUGGUUCAUGACUACUACUUCGGGGGAACUCAGAGCCCUCUUCAUGGCAUCGAAUUCAAUACACCGCAAAGUACUUACAAAACACAUGUUUGGGUUUAGCAACAUAGCCGUAUAUCAAAACAGUUACUUUCUAACACUAAAAGCUGAUUUUCAGCAUUGUCGCCUUCUCACGAAUAAAUCUAUGGAAAGUCCAAUUUCCAAUUAAGCUUUUUUCGAAGUGAAAUGUAACUAAGUUUAUUUAGAUUUGUGGCACUGCAAAGUGAUUUACCAUUUACAUUAGGGCAGCCAGGAUAUCAGAUUUACACCACGUGAUUAUUAAGUUAAGGCCAAAAGGACGAUAUUAUUCCGUUAUCUACAGAACAUUUGAAAAAAUAAGAUAUUACUAAUAAUGCUAGUGGUCAAAUUCAACUUUAACUUGGUUUAUUAUGUGUUUUGUCUUCUUUUUUGGCAAAUAUGAGUGUAAGGAGGUGGAGAGAGAGUCUGUCACCAUACCUGUAUAUAUAAAAUGAUUUAAGAGGUGCUGGAUUAUUAACACAACAUCAUAUUUGUAUUAUUAACAUGAUAUCAAUAGUUCAAUUUAAAUAUUACGGUUAUCUUUAAUACUGGAAUAUCGCAACAACCCUAAUUUACACUUUGCAAUAUUUAUACUUUUACUUCUCAACAUAGGCAUAUUGCACUUUUUACUCCACUACUGUACCUGAUGGCUGUCAUUUAACCACCUACAACAUUAAAAUACCUCUUGCACAUUAGUGCAUUCAGCUUAUUUAGUGCUUUAGCUUUUGUACUUAGGCACACGGUACAAAUCCAUUUUGGUGUUGCAAUGUUUAUCUAAUAUAGAUUUCAUUUCUUCAGUUCAGUUAUUGACGAAGGAAUCAAGUUUUUUGAUGUUAUUACCAAUAUAUUAGGUUUUCCACAUGGUUUCUGCAGUAAAAAUCAUCUGCCGUUGACUACAAUGGAAUUAAUCCGAGUGUGCACUUUUAGAUGUAUAGAUACGUUUAAUAUAUUCAAGUCUAUGGAUGCCGGGUGAUGGAAAAUAAGAGCAAGAUAUUUGGAGAGUCUUUUAAUGUCAAUCAUAUUUUAAUUUUGCACUUUUCUUUUUUUUUUAUAUGCUAGCCUAUAGUUAAAUUCCCAUCAGUGAUCCUUUUAUACCUUUAACAUUUGUCUUAACGAUUUCUGUUGAAUUUCAACUCUACUUGACAUUAUCAUGUCAAUGUUCACAUCAUUGGUGAUAUGACAUAGAGCAGGUGAUUGAUGCCUAACUCACACUGAGGUUAUAAGAUUAGAGGUGGUAUAAAAACAUGUUGUGUAUGUCUGUAUAGCAGCACUGGGAUCAGUUCAUAGUCAUUCAGUCAUUCCUAUGUAUGUGAAAGUAAACCCUGGUUGACAUUGUUAAUGGUUGACUUCAAAAGUCUACAUUUCCCCAAACAAUCAUGUUUUAAAGGUUUUAAAACAGUUUUCUGUGUCAGAAAAAAACCCAAGAAUGUAGUUACAUCUUCUCUCUGCUAUAACUGAAAGUGAACUGCACCACAGCCCUGUUAUAUGACGUCUUGCCUCUUGGCCUGUGUCACCAGCUUCACAGGGAGAUGCUGAUCAUACAUUAUACUAUAUUAUACAGCAUUUGUUGCCAUGUGGAUUAUUCUAAACAACUGCUCACCCAUUUUUUUAUUCAUGUAGAUAUGACCAUAAUCAGGGCAAUGUCCUGUACUAUCAUCUUAAUAACAACCUGCUCGAGUCCUUUAACAGCCACCAGAGUGUGUUGGAUAUACAAUACACCUCUGUGCCUUCAUUUCCCUGCUUGGCUACAGUCACACUGUUGGGAGUUGGCGUAUCGUAUAGCACAGAUGGUAACUCCCUGUGCAAUCUGCAUUCAAAUCUGCCAGUUAGUUUAUUGUGUGAAGGUCCAAAUUAUACACAAAUGAGGUGAAACGGGUAAGAAGUAGUAAAGAACCCUCAACCAAACUCUGUAGGAAACUGUAGUUAACAUAAGCAGUUGAAAAUAUACCAGAUGAAACAUCUGGAUCCAGUAACACUCACAGCCUAUAAUCUCGGUGCAUUACACACUAUACACUCUGCCAUCAGAAAGAACACAUACUCUGUCUAGUUUCAAGAUAAUGCAUAGAUGACAUGUUUUCAUGUUUAUCUGAUUAUGACAGUGUUACACACAUGAACCUCACAGGCCUGAACUGAAUGAAGGAUCAAAGAAGCACUGAAAAACAAGAACUCUCAAAGGAAAGACUAAACCAGCAUUAACUUUCAUUGUGUUCUCCUGCAAUAAAUAACCCUUGCAUACAUUUUACCUUCCAAGCAGUCACCGUCUCAUGCACCUGCACAUAAAUAUUGGAUGUGCAAUCUAUUUUUAACUUUAUUUUCAAACCCAAUAUUUGUUAGUAUUUGGCUAUUUUAGGUUGAUUUCCCUUAAAGAAGCUACAAGGCUCAGGUGAAUCUGGGUUCUGUUAUUCUUGCCUUCUGCUAACCAACUAAGUGACUAAGUGCUAAACCAGACCAGUGAACUGUAUUACUGCACAAGUCCCCCUUUGUUGCUCUGAUACUGUAUGUGUUGAUGCUGGCUGCUACCUGUAAUGUGAAAUUGCAACAGAUAGUGAUGGAUAGUAUUACCUAUUUAACCUAGUCGAUAUGUUUAUGCAUAUUGUUUGUGUAAUAGUUUGUUUUUAUAAAUCUACCUACAUAUAAAGCCAUUGACUGCAAAUUUGA